AUGCAUGAUCCUUUUCAUCGUCAUUUACUUGAAGACACAGAAGAACAAAGAACAUGGUGUGUAAUUCGUUAUUCAUCAUCUGUAAAAAUUUAUGCUUCAAUUGUCAAUAUUUUGCAUUUUAUUCUACCGUUUUGCUUAAAUUUCAUUGCUGUUCUAGCGAUUAUUGUUUUAAUAGCUCGACAAAAAUCGAGAAUUUGUGAAGAGCAGACAUAUAGAGAACACCUACGUAAUCAACUUCAUGAACAUAAACAUCGCUUAUUAAGCUCCUUAGUUUUAGUCAUAGUUGCCCUUCCACGUCUCAUUAUUUCAUUUGCAUCUACAUGUAUGAAAUCAGUUCGAAAUCCUUGGCUUUUUAUCGGUGGUUAUUUCAUUUCAUUUAUUCCACCAUUACUUAUAUUCGUAAUCUUUGUUUUACCAUCUGAAUUUUAUCGAAAAGAAUUUAAUGAUGCUACCGUUCGUAUUAGAAAGACUAUUCAAAAUCGAUUUCAUCUUCAAUAA